AUGAGGUCCUCUUGGACCUCUUUGGGGCCCCCUGUGAGCCAGGACCGCAUCAUCACCAGCUUCCCUAAGUGGUACACAUCUGAUGCCUGCCUGCAACUCAAGGAGCACUUCCACAGCCAGGUCAGCACUGCCUGCCAACACAGGAACACGGGCACUGCUGGGCUCAAGCUCUCCAAGGUGGUGGUAGUUGGUGACCUCUAUGUGGGGAAGACUAGCCUCAUUCACAGGUUGUGCAAGAAUGUUUUCGACCGUGAUUACAAGGCCACUAUUGGGGUGGACUUUGAAAUCGAGCGCUUUGAGAUCGCGGGGAUUCCCUACAGCCUCCAGAUCUGGGACACAGCCGGGCAGGAGAAGUUCAAGUGUAUUGCAUCUGCCUACUACCGCGGUGCCCAAGUGAUCAUCACAGCCUUUGACCUCACCAAUGUGCAGACGCUGGAGCACACCAGGCAAUGGCUGGAUGAUGCACUGAGGGAGAAUGAGGCAGGCUCUUGCUUCCUCUUCCUCGUGGGAACCAAGAAGGAUCUCCUGUCGGAGGCAGCAUGUGAGCAAGCUGAAGCAGAGGCUGUGCACCUGGCCAAUGAAAUGCAGGCGGAGUACUGGUCUGUGUCAGCCAAAACCGGAGAGAACGUGACGGCAUUCUUCAGCCGUGUUGCCGCCCUAGCAUUUGAGCAGUCUGUACUCCAGGACCUAGAGAAGAGGCCCAGCAACCAGUCCCAGGUCGGAGAUGGAGAUGGAGACCUAAUCCGAAUAGAGGUACCCAAGACCCAGGAGAACCAGAGGCCACCUGGCCUGGGCUGCUGUUAGCUGAGGCCGACGUCAGAGCCAUCCUCUCCCUGCUCAGGCCUGGGGUGAUGUGGGGCCCAAACUCUGCGGUAGAUCUGCCUUCAAGCUGGAGAAGGCCUGUGUCUCUGGGGCUCAGCCAUUUCUCUUUGGCACAGCCCCCCACUGGGUGUGGGGCCCAAUACUGUCUGGCUGGUUGUGGGGGAGCAGGCACUGAGGCGAACCUUCUGUACAGAGUCUUCAGACAGUUACUGUGGUCUCAAGAGGCUUCAAGACUGUAAACUCAGGACACUCAGGGCUCGCCCCCAUCCCUCACCAAUCUUAUCUGAAAGUCACCCUGGAGUUCUCCCUACUGACCCUAGAGGAGGCCUCUGAACCCCAUCUCCGAUUCUAACAGCAAG